GGUGUCGAUUUAUAAUUAGAUAAAACCCAGCGUUGCUAAUAGCAAUUUUCACAAAAGGAAAAUGUACGUUCUUAUGCUCUGAGCAAAAUCCAGAGCUUCAGUCCGAGUUUUCAUGGAACUCUCACUUCACUAGAAGGAAAGAGAAAAAGAAAAGGAUGGCGCUAAAAACCCAAUUCCCGCUAUUUGCGCCACCGCACCUCCUCCCCCAACCCCACCGCGCCCCGACCGAAAUCCGCUUCUCGCGGUGGAACAACGCCAACGCCCAGAAAUUCAUCCGCCACGAGCGCAACCAGAAAGAAAUCGAGGACCAACUCCGCUUCGAGAAACGCUUCGACUCCGCCCUCGUAAUCUCCCACAAUUACAACCCUGCCCCUCCCCACCACACCGUCUUCAAAUCCACCGGCACCCCCUCCGCCCCCUCAUCCCCCUCCAUCCCCGGUAAAUCCUCCAAAUACUCCAAACCCCCUCCCCACAAACCCCCCCACCCCGCCUUCAAACCCCCACCCAAACCCCGCAAAAUCCCCAUCCCGCCGGCGAACGAAAUCGAAACCCCAAAUCCCGUGGGCCCCAAUUUCAGGAUUGACGAGAAUGGGGUUUCGUACGAAAUGCCGGAGGCGCCGUUUGUUUACCAGUACAGCUACACCGAGACGCCGAAGGUGAAGCCGGUGAAGCUGCGUGAGCCGCUGAUGUCACCGUUCGGGCCCGUGACGAUGGCGAAGCCGUGGCUCGGUCGGAGGCCGCUGCCCCCCAGCAAGAGGAAGCUGCCGGAAUUCGAUUCGUUUCAGCUUCCGCCCCCUCAUAAGAAGGGGGUGAAACCCGUUCAGGCCCCCGGCCCGUUUCUUCCCGGCUCGGGCCCGAAGUACGUGAAGUCCCGUGAGGAGAUUCUCGGCGAUCCAUUGUCGAAGGAGGAAAUCAAGGAGCUCAUAGACGGGAGUAAAAAAUCCAACCGACAAUUAAACAUGGGAAGGGAUGGUCUAACGCAUAACAUGCUGGAUAAUAUACACGCACUUUGGAAGAGACGAAGGGUGUGCAAAAUAAAAUGCAAGGGUGUGUGCACAGUCGAUAUGGAAAACGUGUGCCAACAAUUGGAGGAUAAAACCGGAGGGAAGAUUAUAUACAAUAGAGGUGGUGUCAUAUAUCUUUUUCGUGGGAGAAACUACAACUAUAAAUCUCGACCUCGUUUUCCUCUCAUGCUGUGGAAACCUAUUAGCCCAGUUUACCCGAGACUUGUUCGACGAGUUCCCGAGGGUUUGACUUUAGAAGAAGCUAGUGCUAUGCGGAAAAAGGGCCGUGAUCUAACACCAAUAUGCAAGCUUGCGAAAAACGGUGUUUAUUCCGACCUUGUAGAAAAUGUUAGGGAGGCAUUUGAAGCCUGCGAAUUAGUACGAAUAAAUUGUCAAGGUCUGAAUCCGAGCGACCACAAGAAAAUCGGUGCCAAACUCAAGGCUCUUGUCCCAUGUGUACUAAUAUCGUUUGAAUAUGAACACAUACUCGUAUGGAGAGGACGAGAUUGGAAGUCCACUCUGGACCUUAACGGGGGUCUGAAGGGAUCGAAGAAAGUCGAACCAGCGCCAGGUGUCACAAGCUUAUUGGUCACGGAGGCAACAUCGAAUGAUGUUGAAGACGAUGUAGAUGAAUCUGAGAAAUUUCCCGUUUCUUCAAGUGAUCAAACGGUAGUGGAACCAAAAUCCGAUCAAACGGUUGAGAACGAAUUAACAGUGUUGGAGGGUUUAGAGGAACCAAAAUCCGAUCAAACGGUUGAGAACGAUUUAACAGUGUUGGAGGGUUUAGUGGAAUCACAAUCCGAUCCAACGGUCGAGAACGAUUUGCAGAAUCUAGCGGCAUCGCAAACGAGGCCGGAAAAGAAGAACACGGAAAGUACUCAGGCAAUUCUGCUACUGAGAAAGCAAGCUGUAGAAAACGGGAUGGCAUUAGUGUUUGACGAACACAGCGUAUUAUUAGAUUCAGACGCAGUGUUUAAAACGGCUGUUGCUUUUGCCAAGACCGCUCCAGUGGGUCCCGUUUUUAGCAAACGACCUAAGAAGGCGGUAGAAGAAGUCGAGAAGAGCAAGAAGAAGAACAACAAGGGACGAGAAUGUAACGAUUUGGUGUUGUCGAAAGGUGCAUCGGCUUUAGGUACCGGAAUUUACGUAUCGAAAGGGAUGGAUGAAAGGAAGAAUUCUUCUAGAAACGAAAAAUUGAAAGAUAUUAGAGGAGAUUAUCUGAAUGUAGUUCCACAGGGUAACCUGGGAAUAGAUGAACUUGCUAGGUUAUUGAGAUAAUUGUUUAUUUCUUCAAGUUAAGAGGAUGUUUAGAAGUUGCAAUUAAAAUUUUAUUUUAAUCUUAU